AUGACUGAACAGAUUGCCGUAUUGACGGUUGUGCUAUGCGCUAUAUCGCUAGUUGGGAGUAAGGCCAAGCUUAUCGGCAGCACCAUGGUGUACUAUGAGAUCAGCGAUGUUGCCAACGCCAUUCUCGAUGGCAAUGGCGGCGUCGUGCUAGCCAGUGAGACUAUUGGUGGUUAG